AUGGAUUUUGGAAAGAGUUCCACAGAGGCUUCUACUGAUAACAAAUCAUCACUUGCACUGGUCCAUGUUGACGUUGAUCAACCUCUAUCGGUUGCACCCAUUGUAUCUUCUUAUAAUCAAAAGAUACGUCCAGUUCUUGACGCCCUUGAAAAUCUAAGGCGUCUCAACAUUGCCAAAGAGGGAAUACAGCUUCCAACCAUUGUUGUUGUUGGCGACCAAUCUUCUGGAAAGUCAAGUGUUCUUGAAUCUCUUGCUGGGAUCAGCUUGCCCCGUGGUCAAGGAAUCUGCACUAGGGUACCUUUGGUUAUGCGUCUUCAGAAUCAUUCACUUCAACAGCCAGAGCUUGUAUUGGAGUAUAAUGGCAAGAAUGUUUCAACUGAUGAAGCAAAUGUCUCUGAUGCUAUAAACACAGCUACUGAAGAGCUUGCUGGUACUGCAAAAGGGAUUUCCAACAACCCUUUGACUUUAAUCGUGAAGAAGAAUGGUGUUCCUGAUCUUACCAUGGUUGAUCUUCCAGGUAUAACUCGUGUUCCUGUUCAUGGUCAACCUGAUAAUAUUUACGAUCAGAUUAAGGAUAUUAUCAUGGAGUAUAUAACUCCCGAAGAAAGUAUUAUCUUGAAUGUUCUUUCUGCUACUGUUGAUUUUACUGCUUGUGAGUCUAUUAGGAUGUCGCAAACAGUUGAUAAAACUGGUUUGAGGACACUUGCUGUUGUCACCAAGGCUGACAAGUCUCCUGAAGGUUUGUUGGAGAAGGUUACCGCUGAUGAUGUUAACAUAGGUCUUGGUUAUGUUUGCGUGAGGAAUCGUAUCGGCGAUGAGACUUAUGAAGAGGCCAGAGAUGAAGAACAGAAGCUGUUUGAGUCUCAUUCACUUCUUGCCAAAAUAGACAAGUCUAUUGUUGGAAUUCCUGUAUUGGCUCAGAAGCUUGUUCAGGUUCAAGCUAAGAUAAUUUCGAAAACUUUGCCUGAAAUUAUUAAGAACAUCAAUGCGAAGCUUGCUUAUAGUUUACAUGAGAUGGAAAACUUGCCUGCUAAUUUGUCUUCAUUGGCUGAUGCAAUGUCUGCUUUUUUGCUAAUUCUUUCUCUUUCAAGAGAUUCACUUAGAAAGAUUCUUCUGAUAGGUGAAUUUGAAGAAUAUCCUGAUGAGAAGAAAAUGCAUUGCACUGCUAGGUUAGUCGAUAUGCUGAAUUUAUUUGCAAAUGAGCUUCAAAACUGUGAUGAAAGUAAUUCUACCAGAGAUUUUCUUAUGGAUGAGAUCAAAGUUCUCGAGGAAGCCAAGUUUAUUAGUCUUCCAAAUUUCAUGCCAAGAACUGCUUUUCUUACAUUACUUCAGAGAAAAGUAAAGGGCAUUUCUCAUAUGCCAACAAACUUUGUUGAUAGUGUGUGGAACUAUCUGGAAAGUGUUGUAACUUCAGUUCUGAGUCGCCACUCGGCAAACUAUUACCAGUUGCAGGUCUCUACUCGUCGAGCGGCUGAGCAUCUUAUUUCUAAGAAGAAGAAGAUCUCCAUUCAACAUGUGAUGCAAGCUGUUGAGAUGGAGAAGCACACAGACUACACUUGCGAUCCUGAGUAUUUGGAAGAGUAUUACGACUUGAUGUUGCAUCAAGAAGUAUUUGUGAAAGAAGUUUUAAAUGUUUUUCGAACAUCAAAUACCGUGAAUCUUGAAGGGGUUGGUAACAUUGAAGUUAAUCAUUUGAAAAUGUAUACUAAAAAUGUUUUGAGUCAGGCCUUUGACUUGAAAGCAAGAUUCAUUGCCUAUUGGAAGAUUGUGGUGAGGAGGGUCAUUGAUGUUAUUGCUUUGCAUUUGAUGCUUAGCAUCAAUGAACUUGUGAAUGUUGAUUUGCAGAAGGAGAUAUGUAAUGAACUUGGGGGUGGUGUUGAGAGGCUGCUUGAGGAAUCUCCAUCUAUUUCUGUGAAAAGAGAAAAACUUAGCAGGAGUGUGAAAGUUCUGAGGGAAAGCAAGGAGACGGUGGCUAAAAUUAUGGACAGGAUUGAAGUCUAUGGUGAUAAGUGA